UCUCUAGUCGAUAACACCCCUGAGCUGAAGUGCCUGUACGCGCCAGCGCCACCUCAAAGUGAUCGUGAUAUGCUUUUAAUUUGCAAACAAACCCAUUAAAGAAGUAUUUAAAAUGCAAAUUGCCUAGCUACGACAUUUAAGAAUGGUAUUUUCCUUUGUAUUUAUGCGAUUAAAUUGCCACUUAAACAUCGCAAUUACAAAUCAGUAUCAAAAUUGUCCAUCAAUUCACACUGUACAUCGAUCCUGAUCCUGGUAUUUCAAUUUCUGAUUCUUCCAGUUUUCACUCCCAUGGCGUCUCACUCUAUUAAUCUCCCCAAACCCAGUUGCCAACUCCUGCAUAUCCCCUCUAAAACCCUGGAUCAUGUGCGUGGUUUUUGUUUAUUACAGAGAAACGUUUCAUUUCCGAGACAUGCGUUUCUCCAGCUCUUGCAAAAUGGGUUUAUUAGAGACUCACCCAUUCUUAGAGUUUCUAAUCAAACUGUAGAUUCUAAUACUCAAGCAUUUGACGUUCCGAUCCUCACUUCUUCACAGGCUAUUGAGAGGCUAAGAGAAAACAGAGAAAGCUACAAAGGGAAACAAAAAUUCUUGGCUAUGUACUCUAGUGUAUUUGGUGGAAUAACAACAGAUCCAUCAGCUAUGGUAAUACCCAUUGAUGACCACAUGGUGCAUAGAGGGCAUGGUGUCUUUGAUACUGCUGCGAUAACGGACGGGCAUUUAUAUGAAUUGGACCAACACCUCAACCGUAUACUGAAGUCAGCAUCAAUGGCCAAAAUUAAUCUGCCUUUUGAUAGAGAAAGCAUAAGAAGAAUCCUCAUACAAACUGUGAGUGCUUCCAAGUGUCAGAUAGGAUCCCUCCGGUACUGGCUUUCAGCGGGACCUGGUGAUUUCCAGCUUUCCCCAUCCGGCUGCCAUCAGUCAGCCCUUUAUGCUAUUGUUAUCCAAGAUCAAUCUCCAUUUGUGUCAAAAGGAGUAAAGGUAGUAACGUCAACAAUUCCAAUAAAACCCCCACAGUUUGCCACCAUGAAGAGUGUAAAUUACCUUCCGAAUGUACUUUCAAAGAUGGAAGCUGAAGAAAAUGGUGCAUUUGCUGCCAUAUGGCUAGAUCAUGAUGGUUUCAUUGCUGAAGGGCCUAACAUGAAUGUGGCAUUUGUUACGAAGGAAAAGGACCUUAUUAUGCCUUACUUUGACAAAAUUUUAAGCGGCUGCACAGCUAAUAGAGUUUUGAGUUUAGCUGAGUGUUUAGUGAGGGAGGGUAAACUCAACGGAGUAAAGGUCGGUGAUGUGACUGUAGAGCAAGGAAAGCAAGCAGAUGAAAUGAUGCUUAUCGGCAGUGGGAUUCUUGUUCGCCCUGUUGUGCAAUGGGAUGCGCAGAUCAUUGGUGAUGGAAAAGAAGGUCCCGUAACUUUGGCUCUCUUGAACCUUAUACUGGAGGACAUGAAAGCUGGCCCUCCGUCUGUUCGAGUACCAGUUAUGUAGCUGAAUUACUGUCUUGGUGCUGCAAAGUAGUACUUCAAAUCUGAAAAUCCGUUGUUCAAUUUCUUGCUCAUUGUUGUAGAAAACAAAAGUUUCCUGCAUUGGUGGUCCGUGGUCCAUUUGGGAUAAAGAUAAAGAGGUUAGAAUUUGAUAAGUAUUUAUGGUUUUCCAGUGUACAAUUAUCCCAAAUGGAUAUCAUCGCUUUAAUUUCUUUGUAAAAACUACUUCAGUCAUGUUUGUGAGUAAUUUGCUCACAUAAUGCUCAAUACGCAAGAGGGUGGAAACAUUUCUGGGUU